AUGGCGACACCCAAUCGAGCCAAAACCACCGCCCAGAGCAGCGCUCUGCUCGUUGAGAAGCUGGCGGCCGUCCUGCCAAAGGGCUACCGGUUCGGCGUCUACCACCUCUCGACACCACCUACCAAGUCGCAAGCGCUCUACUCUGCUCCCCCGGACGAGCGAGACGACAGGACUUUUUGCGAGAAGCACUUCCUUGCCAUUUCGAUCGAUUCUCGACCAAAGACGACCGACGAGGCCUCCCAAGACAUCGCGGCCAAGGACACCGACGCGAAGCAGGUUCUCGUCUUGGCAUUGGAGGUGUACAUCUACACGACUGCUUACUCGAGUACAAUCUUCGUCGCCAAAGCCGAUUCGACCGGCUACCUGAAGCUGCUCAACCUUCCCAAAGGCACACCGUCUCCGAUCAAGGAAAUCAGCAGCGCCUUUGUCACAUACCUCGUCGAGCAGCGCCGACGCAAGGGCAUCCAAACGGUCGUCAGCUUGUUCGCCCGCGCACAGAACCAAUACCUCUUCCCCGGCAGCGUCGACUACAGCGGCAAGCAUGUACUCGAUGACAGGGGACUCGUCAAGUGGUGGUGCAAGGUGCUGGACCCCCUCCUCGAGAAGCCUCCCGUGGGCAAUGGCGAACCGUGGGGUUCCGUGAAAGGAUACCUCGUCAUUCCAGGCCUCGACGACUACGAGACGAAAGCUUUUAUUCCCCGGGGACCGAAGAGUGCUGGCAAUUGGGUGCUGGGACACGCUCUCGAGAAGAUAUCGCAUUACACGAAGGAGUACGACUGGGUCCCGGCAAGGUGUCUCAUCCCUCGGUUCCCCGACGACCCCAAGUCUAGAUUCAGAGAUGAGCUGGAUGAGGAGGCCGGCAAGUCGAAACAGGUCAAGACGACCGGGUUGUGGAAAAGCGUAAAGACGCUCGAGACGUUCUGGGAGAUGAUGGCUUUCAGACAAGAGUGCUCGAGCGGACGUUUGACAGGCUUCAUCUGGGCAGUCUUUGACCCUGAAGAUGAGAAGGAUGAGCAGCCCCGGCGCGAAAGCGCAGCAUCGACUUUGCCCACGCCAAACCCGUCGUUCGACCCGUCCAACCCACCCACGACCCCGUCCCGUCAGAAGGCAGUCCGACCCACCACUCCCAUGUCGACUCCGCGAAAGCUGUUCCCCGUGUCGCCAUCAGGGACGCCGACUAAGAAGUCGGGGGAGAAGAAGUCUGAAGAGAAGAAGAGCCAGAAGAAAAAGAAGAAGACCGGAAUCGUCAUGACCCGUCAACCUCGCAUCAAGAAGCAUCAGCGCAACUACCUGCUCGACAAACCCAUCUCCACUGCGUACUACUACUGGCCAGCCGAAGGUCGAGGUCGCAGGAUCGUGGAUGAAGCCGGCUACAAACGGACGAACGAGCUGCUUCUUCACCUCGACUUCUCGAAGCUAGAGCUCGCGACUGGCAGCACCCGCCGCUGGAUCAACGAGGUCGGCAUGGGUGAGACCUGGGGACUGGAUGUAGUGGGCAAGCGAGAGAUUCCUACGCCGGUAUCAAAAGAGUCGUCUGCUGGAGAGGUGAAUAACCUCUCCGGCUUGAUUAAGCGUAAGCGGCUCGAUGAUGCGGCAAAGGAUGAGCCGGCCAACAAGGUUAACGUCCUCGCGACCGGUCUUGUUCGGAAGAAGCCCAAGACGGAGGAGGCUGCGGACGAGAAGAAUGCUGAAGAGACACCGGCUGUGAAUGUGCUGGGUGGGGGACUGAUCCGCAAGAGGCCCAAGGCAGACGAUGUCAAGAAGGCUGAAGAGGUGCCGGCGGUCAAGGCAGAUGCUUGA